UGAGUUACUAACUCAUGUAUGGAGGGAAAUUUGAGGGUACCAAGUCCUUGGAUUCCCCGUCUUCCUCGCAAAAUUUCUUCUACAGAGAAAAGAACCACAACACAACAAUGGGUAGAAAACGAAGACCCAAAAAAAAGUAAGGCCACAAAGACAACAAAUUUACAAGUUUUCAAAGCAUUAAACAGCCAAAUUUUUUUGUGUGUGGAUGUGUUGGGGGUUGCUAUUACAGAGAAUAAAUCAAACAAGAGUGUUAAAAAACAGAAAUUUUACAACAAGAAAGAAGAAAAAAAGAAAUCUUUUUUCCCCCACCACCACAACGCCACCACCCCAGCAAGAACAGCAAAAACAAAAGCAAGAAAGAAAACUCCAACAGAAAGUCCACUUUCUUGUUUUUUUUCCUUCAAGUUUUGUUUUUUUAAAGGUUUUUGUUGUUUGGGAGGCACCAGCAGAGAAAAAGAUUAUCUGGGUCACAUUUGUUUCUUGCCACCAGCAGAGCAAAGGGCUGUCUGGGUCAUAAUUACUUCUUGUUGAAAUUUUUGAUCUUGGUAAGGAGCUGCAGCUGGUGGGUGCUGGUUUUUUUGAGAUUGAUUUGAGUGGAUUUAUACUAUAUCAAAGAUGUCAACUUUAGAUAUUACAAAAAUGUGGAGGGAUCCUGGUGCUCCGGCUGAUUCAUUCUAUCAGGUUCGGCCGGAAUGUAAGGACAUUCCCAAGUCCAAAUUUAGAAUCAAGAAUGGGAAGACCUUAAGUGAAAGAAAAUGGCGUGCUGCGUUUUCUCCAGAAGGUUAUCUUGAUAUAGGCAAAACUCUCGGUCGAAUUCAUCGAGGGGGAAUUCAUCCAUCAAUUAGAGGUGAAGUUUGGGAAUUCUUACUUGGUUGCUAUGAUCCAAAGAGCUCAUAUGCAGAGCGAGAGGAUAUGAGACGACAACGGAGGACACAAUAUGCUAUACUAAAAGAAGAAUGCCGCACAAUGUUUCCGGUGAUUGGAAGUGGUCGAUAUAUUACUGCACCUGUAAUAACAGAAGACGGCGAUCCUAUUCUAGAUCCUUUAGUACUUCAAGAGGCAAAAGCAGCAAAAGAGGCAAAAGAAGCGACUUCAGGUGGUCAAGGAAAUGUAACAGGUGCUUCCGAUGAUUAUGAAAUGGUAAAGGAGCAUGACAAAAGAGUGAUAGAGUGGAAACUCUCUUUACACCAGAUAGGACUCGAUGUGGCUCGAACCGACAGAUCACUUGUCUUUUAUGAGAAACAAGAGAAUCUAUCGAAGCUUUGGGAUAUCUUGUCUGUUUAUGCUUGGUUUGACAAAGAUGUUAAUUAUUGUCAAGGGAUGAGUGAUCUUUGCUCUCCAAUGAUUAUUCUUCUCGACGAUGAAGCAGAUGCAUUUUGGUGCUUCGAACGUUUAAUGAGAAGACUGAGAGGAAAUUUCAGAUACACCGAGAGUUCUGUUGGAGUAGAAUCCCAGCUAAAUAAUCUAGCUUCAGUAACUCAAGUUAUUGAUCCCAAACUUCACCAACACUUAGAUAAAUUAGGUGGAGGUGAUUACCUGUUUGCUGUCCGGAUGCUCAUGGUUUUGUUCCGUCGAGAGUUUUCUUUUUGUGAUUCAUUAUAUCUUUGGGAGAUGAUGUGGGCGCUGGAAUAUGAUCCAGACUUGUUUCUUAUAUAUGAAGACCCUGAAUUAGUUGCGGAAAAAUCUGAAGAAUCUAAAUCAAAAUCAAAGUCACGCCAGGUUGGGAAAUAUGAGCGAGAAAACAUGAAAAAUGCAGGCAAAGCUGCUGAAGCCCCCCUCCCUAUUUCCGUUUUCCUCGUAGCCAGCGUCCUGAAAGACAAGAGUGAUAAAUUGCUAACAGAAGCAAGAGGACUGGACGACGUUGUUAAGAUAUUGAAUGAUGUUAACGGAAAUCUGGACGCUAAAAAGGCAUGCACCGGUGCAAUGAAACUUCAUAAGAAGUAUCUUAAAAAGGCGGCGAACACCAACAGGUAGCCGAGCCAAAAGAAACUGCUAGGUGAUUCAUAAACCAUGGAGCUCAUACCAAGGAGGCUCUAACAAGUUUGAUAUUUCGAUGUUUUUUGGCCAAGUCAAGGGACAAUGGCUGCUUUUGUAUACUGUGAUAUUGACUUAGUAAAGAGAAAUAUGUAAAUUGUAAAUUCUUUCUGGUUCCAUAGUUGGAACUACCAUCAUGUACAUGUAAUUAUUUUUUUUCCAAGUAGUAAAUGUGCCUCAAGGGUUGAUGUAUACAAAAACACUCUUCCAAAGCAUGUAUAAUGUGAAUUUUACUUUUGGAGAGCCAUGUCUAACAGAAUGCUGCUACUUAUAUGAAGA